AUGAGGAACGAAAUGGAGAGCAGUCGACUCGCCUCUCUAGGGCCCUCCAGGGGGCAUUCGGCGACUUUGGGCCAUGGUUCUGCAAGCAGCAGCGCCGCGAGUGCUCUCGGAGAUCGACCGUCUCAUUUUUCCAGUCUCGGGUCUGCUCAGACUUCUGCCUCCGUUUCUUCUCUUCCUUCUCGGAGUGACGGCGCGAGGGCCCUCCCGACGAGAACCACGAGCCUCAGCGGCAAAUCAGAUCGACUCCAUCGACUGGAGCAAAGACUCUCUGGUCUUCACGCAGGACUGGAAAAACAGAGACAGCAGCGCUACCAGCAUCUCAUCGAGAAACUGCAACACGUGGAAGAGGACGUUGCCGACGUCAGCGCCGCGGGCAAUGAAGCGCAGUCCGUCUUCCGAGAGGAGCUGAGAAAAAUCGAGGCAGGCCUGCGAGAGCGCCAGGACGAACUUGAGACCGACUUGGCUCGGCGUGAGCAGCAGGCUCAGGAGAUGGAGAGAAGACUGACGCGAAUGCUGCAGACGGAGCAGGAGGCCCUACGAGAAGUUGAGACUUCUUUGAUGAAUGCCUUCACAGAGAAAACAAAGGCGCUGAGAGAGGAGAUUCUCCAGAGUGGCCAACUGCGGGAGGAGCACGAGGCGUCUCUCCGACACUACUGUGAAGUCGAGAUUCCCCGCCUCCGCGACGGCCUUCAGGAGGAAGUGCGGGAAAGGGAAAACAUGGAGAGGCGAAUCCUCAAGCAUGCAACGGAGGAGGUUGAGAGACUCAAUGGACAACUCGCUGCGGAGAGAGAAGCGCGUGAACGGCAUCUGCAGUCGCUGCUGUCUCUGUUCGAGGAAGUCGUUCGCGAGGUGCAACGCGACAUCGCUCGGGAAAAGGAGGAUCGAGAGAAAAUGCAGGAAGAUCUAGUCCAUCUCAUGGAGCAGACGAUCGACCGCAUCACAACUUCCAUCUGA